GGUCCUGAUUCACCGGCUAGCUAAGCUAACGGCUAGCAUGUCCGCCUCGGUUGUAGUCUGUCACUAGCUGACAUUUAGCUAGGGGCAGUUACUCUUGUUUGACACUCGCACUGCAGAGGACGAUUUGACAAGGGAGUUGGUGUAAACUCCUAUGCGGAAGGUGGGGAGGUGGGAAUGUGAGACAGUUGUUAGCAGACUCAAAAUGGGCAGGGGUCGAGGCAGAGGGAGAGGAAGGGGCAGGGGCUCAUCAGGCCAGUUACGCCCCCCCUCACCCUAUAGACUGCAGCUCUCUCCAUCCAGGGAGACUUUAACAUACGCUCAGGCACAGAAAAUAGUGGAGGUGGACCUAGAUGGACGGCUCCAUCGGAUUAACAUCACAGAUCCUCUGCCAGUUAUAACUGAGGAUGAAAUGAUGGCUCAGGACAUUGCUGAGUGCAACAGCAACAAGGAAAACAGUGAGCAAACGCAAAGUAAAACCCGAUCGUGGAGGAAAGCCUCAAGCAGUAAAAGCAGGAGAUGUGGUAAAAAUAUGUCUCAACCAAACCAACGGUCUGGCUCCCAGCAGCACACAGGACCUACUAUUUCCUUCCAGCACCCGUGCCCGGAAGAUUCUCUGCCUAAGCCCACCUUUCGUGUGUUGAGUUCAGUUUGCCCUUCAAAGGCACCUCCUCUCCCAACAGCCUACUACCGUUACAUAGAAAAAUCAGGGGAGGAUCAGGACACUGUGGCUGAGUACGACAUGGAUGAGGAAGACCUGGCCUGGCUGGAGAUGGUGAAUCAAAAGAGAGUGUCUGAUGGCCAUGCCUCUGUAUCUCCAGACACGUUUGAGCUGCUGAUUGACCGCCUGGAGAGAGAGUCUAUCCUGGAGUCCCGUAGCCAGGCUCUGUCCCAGAGUACCGUCGAUGAGGAUGCCUUCUGCUGCGUUUGUUUGGAUGACGAAUGUCUAAACAGUAAUGUCAUCCUGUUUUGUGACAUCUGCAACCUGGCUGUCCACCAGGAGUGCUACGGUGUUCCCUAUGUACCUGAGGGCCAGUGGCUGUGUCGCUGCUGCUUGCAGUCCCCCUCCCGUCCUGUAGACUGUGUGCUCUGUCCCAACCGAGGAGGUGCCUUCAAACAGACUAGUGAUGGUCGUUGGGCCCAUGUUGUUUGUGCCAUAUGGAUCCCAGAGGUGUGCUUUGCCAACACGGUGUUUUUGGAGCCUGUUGAGGGUGUCAAGAACAUCCCUCCUGCUCGAUGGAAGCUCACCUGCUACCUGUGUAAGCAGAAAGGCAGGGGAGCAUCCAUUCAGUGCCACAAAGCUAACUGUUACAGGGCCUUUCACGUUACCUGUGCCCAGAAGGCUGGCCUCUUUAUGAAGAUAGACCCAGUACGGGAGACGGGCAUCAACGGUACCACAUUCUCUGUGAAGAAGACUGCUUUCUGUGAGCAUCACUCUCCUGUUGGGUCUCGGCGGGAUGGGUCAGGAGACGAGUCGGUUGAAGGAAGAAUGGUGGGUGGCAGAGGAAACCGGGGUCAAAGGUCGUAUACUCAAAGUCCUCCCUCCCCACAGAACAAGAAGGCCCCCAAGGGCCAAAAAAAGAAGAAUACGAAAGGGUCUGGUGGGUCGAUGCGUCGCUCGAAUGUGCCUGUGCUGCUUGUACCUCAGAUCCCCUCUCACAGGCUGAACAAAAUCUGCACAGGGGUUGAAGUCCAGAGGAAGAAUCAGUUCAUGCAGAGGCUUCAUAACUACUGGUUACUGAAACGACAGUCGCGAAAUGGGAUGCCUUUAAUCCGUCGACUUCAUUCCCAUCUACAGGCCCACAGGACUGCAGAGCAGAGGGAGCCUGAUGAGAAGCUCUGUGCUGCGAGAGAGGAACUUCGAUACUGGCAAAAACUGAGGCAAGACCUGGAAAGAGCCAGACUUUUGGUAGAACUCAUCCGCAAGAGAGAGAGGCUAAAGAGAGAACAGAUGAAAAUUCAGCAGGCUGCUCUUGAAUUGAAGUUGACCCCUGCAUUGGUGCUGUUGCGAUCCACUUUGGACCAACUGCAAGAGAAGGACACGGCCAAAAUCUUCACUCUGCCUGUCAAUCUAUCAGAGGUCCCAGAUUACCUGGAGUUUAUUUCCCAACCCAUGGACCUCUCCACCAUGCGGUCCAAACUGGAGGGACAUGCCUACUGCUCAAUUGCAGACCUAGAGAAGGACUUUGACCUCAUGAUCUCCAACUGCCUCAAGUACAACUCCAAGGACACCAUGUUUCAUAAGGCAGCCUUACAGCUGCAGGAGGUUGGUGGGGCCAUUCUCCGUCACGCCCACAGGCAGUCUCAGAGCAUUGGCCUGGACCCCAACACCGGCAUGCAUCUUCCAGAGAUUCCAAACAAACAUGGCUUCUACCACUGUACGUGGGAAGACGUCGAUUCUCUGCUGGAUCCAGAGAACAGACUGCACUUAUCCACAGAAGAGCAGCUGAAGGCUUUACUGGACAAACUGGACAUGGUUACGUCCAUGCGUACAAGUGGUGGUCGAACCAAACGCAUUAGGCUGCUGCGCAGAGAAAUCAACACACUGAGACAGAAGAUGAACCAGCAGCAGCAAAACACUCAGUCUGUAAAUGGUAAUGACAAGGAGGACAAAGAAGAAGAAGAGGAGGAAGAAAAGAAAACUGAGAAGACAAAUGCUGUGGACAAUGGGCCUUUGACUACAGUGUCUAACUCUGGGACAGAUGAUGCUCCACCUGUGCUAGAACUUACUUGUCCAGUAUCAUCACCACUGCCAGGAGAUGCACCUCUCGAGCCCCCAGUCCUGGGCAUCAUAACUGGUGGGCGAAGGUCACCCGGGCGCUCCUACAAGCGUCAGAGGUCAUCCCGCAGUGGGAGCAAAAGCCAAGGAGAAGAGGAGGCUGAAGUUGGUGAAACUCCAUCUUCACAGCCUGAGGCUGUUCAUGAGGUUACACCACUGGGUACACCCCCGACACUGCCAUUGGCUGGAGUCGGUCGCCGUACGUCUGUUUUGUUCAAGAAAGCUAAAAAUGGGGCACGGAUGGUAAAAAACAAGUCCCCACCACAACAGAAUGGGAAAACAUCUGAGGAAAAAACCAACGGGAUAGAUAGCAUCCCUGCUAGUCCAAAUUCACCCAGUGUAACCAACAUCACCUCGCCCCCUACCCCAAAUGCCUCUCCUAUACCUCCCUCUCUGUCCUCGCACCAACUGAGGUCCAGAGGCCUAAGCUCAGAAAGUGAAGCAGACAAACUCCCUCCACCACCCAGAGAAGCAGGACUGACAAAUGGAAAGCAUGUCUCUGCCAACCAUGAUGACGACGAUGACCAGAAACUAAACUGCAGUGUCUCCCCACCCAAGCGCAGUCGGGGUAAACCUGCGCUGGUGAAAGUCCCUAGCAGUGAGAAUGGAGACGUCUCUGGGUCUGGAAAGUCUGCACUUCUGUGUUUAGAUAGUGAGACUGAGCUUGCACCACUGGACCUAGUUUGGGCAAAAUGCAGAGGAUAUCCAUCAUAUCCAGCAAUGAUUGUUGAUCCAGACAUGCCCCAGGAAGGGCUUCUUCAUAACGGCAUCCCCAUUCCAGUGCCUCCCGUGGAGGUGCUCAAACUGGGCGAGUGGAGGCAAACAGAUGAAGGCAAAAAGCUCUUCUUAGUGCUUUUCUUUGACACAAAAAGAACUUGGCAGUGGCUCCCUCGUAACAAACUACUGCCACUGGGGAUGGAUGACACGGUUGACAAACUUCGCUUAAUGGAAGGCAAGAAACCCAGCAUUCGCAAGUCUGUGCACACUGCAUAUGAUCGGGCCAUGGCACAUUUAAACCACGUGAGAGGAAAUCUAAACUUCACUCCCUCCAAUUUUAUAUAAUUUUUUUUUGGUUUAAAAAUGUUUUCAUCUCAAACAAGCUGCCUGGUUGUAUGUAUAGAAGCAGAGGUAAAAUAAUGGCCAACAGUUAGUGGUAAGUGAAGGUUUUCUGCAUAAAACUGUUGCUCGCCAAUUUUUAAAAUGGAGAGAAAAGGUGCUUGAAGACAUUUUUGUAGAUCAAUGUGCUCAUUUAUUCAUGUAAAUUUUUUUUUUAAAGAUUUUACACAACCGCUGUUGCUAUGUAUUCAUAUGAGGUUUUUAUUUUAGGCCAAAGUGAGAAAAGUGUAAAUAUUUAAUUGUCAAAGGGACUGUCUGCAUUCACAUCAUAUUUAGAUUGUAUUUGUCACUGUGUUUAAUGAAGUGUGAAAGUCCCACUUAACAUUCACGUCACAUCCGGACUCAACUCAAGUUUGGCUUUGACGACUAUGGGGGGAAAAUUUUAAGUUUUUACCUGCAAACGUUCCUCGUAAUAAGCUACAUACUCUGCCGGCAAUACUGGUACCGCCAAACUUAAAUAUGAGGACCCUUCCCUCAUAUUCUCCCUCUAUUCAAUCACAUAUAUAUUUUUUAUAUAAUAAAUCUAUUUAAAAUGAAAUGAAAAGUUGAAGCUAACCCCCAAGUGAAGACAAACUGCUUAUAUGUUUGACUCCAAGAAUUCUAAGAGUUGCUCAGUAAAAUACAAGGCAGUGACGUUUUGAAGUGGAAAGCAAUGCUGAAAAACUUUGGUCAAAUGGCUGUCGGAGCAAAUAUUCGUGCACCUUUAGUCCAGCUAUGACGUUGUAGAUGGGACUUGAAGUUUUUACUUAUUUUUCCAUAUUGUGAAACUGUAAUAUUUUGAAACUAGAAUGUUGCAGCUACUUGGUUAUUAAGAUGUGAAGCCACUACAGAAGUUAAUCUGAUUAUUUUGUGGUUAUUACGACAAUGUCUACUGCGAACACUCACUGAAGAACUUGCAAUUGUUUGCAAAUCUGGCUGACAUGACUUGAAAAGCACAAUCGGCCUGUUUAAAAAAAAAACAAAAACAAAAAAAAAAAACUUGUAGGAUUGACUCCUGGAGCCAUAUGUGUGGCAAAAACUUUGUGUGUGUGUGUGUGUGUGUAUGGGUGGGUGGGUGUGUACAUUACAUAUGUAUACAGCCUCAGUGUAGUAAAGGUGCAUGUGUAUAGUUUUGUAAAUAUGUAAAUGUAUGUUUAUAUUCGCUUACAUGAGGUUAUUUAAGGAAUGCAAAAAUCAAAAUUUAGAUUUUAAUUUAUAAAUUGUGGCAUUUGAGAGUGGUAUUUAAAAAGUAAAAUAUUGAAAAGAUUUAUGUACGAUGCUAAGUAGCUCUUUGUAAUAGUGAUGGUAUUCACCGAUAUGUCAGAAGAUAUUCUCUAUAAGUGAGGUGGCACAAUACCUGAACUCUGUAGGUAGUAGUGCCAGCACUCACCUACAUGAGGCUUUUCCUUUUCCUUGGGGGCACAGGAGAUUUUUGAUCUUGUUAUUUGAAUUAUACUGCAAGAUCUAUAAUCUGCCUGAGACGAUAUUUUCUCACACAUGGAAUAAAUGCUGUUUGAAACA